AUGGAGUAUACCUUCGGUGGCAAGUACCGCCUCGAGCAGGAGAUUGCCAAUGGCGGUUGCGGCACCGUCUUCCUAGGCACACAUAAUGUCGCCGGCAAGCCAGUCGCCAUCAAGCUCGAGCCAUCGGAACCCAGACGCAGCAGACGACGUCGCCACUCUGAUCCCGAUAUUCCACAGCAUCACCAUCACCAAGGUCCUUCUCCACUAAAGCUGGAGUCGCAGAUCUAUAAGCGCCUAAUGGGCGGUCCUGGCGUUCCGUGGAUCAUGUAUUCAGGAAAGCAAGGCGAUUACAAUGUCAUGGUCAUCGACCUCUUGGGCCCCUCGCUGGAGGAUCUCUUCCGCAUGUGCAACCGGUGUUUUUCAUUGAAGACAGUAUUGUUGUUGGCGGAUCAAUUGAUAUCUCGAAUCCAAUAUAUCCAUUCUCACUCGCUCCUUCAUCGCGACAUUAAGCCUGCUAAUUUUGUCAUGGGCACCGGCAAAUCCGUUCACCAAGUCAAUAUUAUCGACUUUGGUCUUGCCAAGAAGUUUCGCGAUCCGCGGACGGCAGCGCAUAUUCCGUACAAGCAGGACGACGUACACGGUGUGGGGACAUCGUUGUUUGCUGCUAUUAACACCCACCUAGGAGUUGAAUCUUCGCGACGGGAUGAUCUGGAGUCCUUGGCAUAUAUGCUAAUUUACUUCCUCAAGGGAACGCUACCCUGGCGGAAAAUGCGUGCACCAACUCAUCCACCUCCUGGUACACCAGACUAUCCUCCAUAUAACCCGGUCACUGAAACGUGGAAUUUAAUCCGCGACGCCAAGCUCAAAGCCGAGGAGAAGUUGACGCAAGGACUGCCGCCUGAGUUCGAUGUGCUUUAUAGAUAUGCGCGGUCAUUAUCCUUUGACGAUUUGCCCGAUUACGAGGGACUAAGGGAACUAUUCCAUGGCUUAGCAAAGCGCGUAGGCGUAGAAUAUGACGGCGUCUUCGACUGGACUGUCCCCCCACCCUCAUCUCCGUCUGCGUCUUCGUCUUCUGUACCCCAUGCGGAAGAGGAGGUUACGGGUGGCAGGUUCUGCGAGGCAUGUCGGAAGAAACGGUUGGCAAACGCCAACAGUGGGAAGCGGUAG